AUGCAUCAGCACCUUGCCCUUGCGGCGUUUCGACCAGUGUUGAAUGAUAUCACUCCAUCAAACUGCAACGCGGUAUUCGCGUUCUCGAGUCUCAUCGCUGCGCUAGCCUUUGCUUUCUCCAGAUUUGUCGGCAGACCCGGUGGGGGCGAGCCUGUUGCCGAACUUCUUCAAGAUUUCCUUCUAUUUCGCGGUGUGGAGAGCGUCCUAAGUACGUCCUGGGAGCUCAUACAGAAGGGGGAGCUAGGGCCAAUGAUCCGGCGCCCUGCUAUUAAUGUAUCUCAACCGAUUUCUAAGGAUGUCAUAAAUGCACUUGAUUAUCUUCACGAUUGCAAUGGCGACCAUGUAACCCAGCUGAGCGCGGAGGAAAAAGAUGCGAAUAAUCAUGCGAUUCGCGAGCUUCGUAUCUCAUUUGAACGACCUGCAUCAAGUUGGGAGAAUGUUUUUCGGUGGCCGAUUCUUCUUCCGGAAGCGUACCUCGCUCAUCUGAAAGCACGAAAACCCAUGGCGUUGGUGAUUCUUGCGCACUACUGUGUCGUUCUUUCCAGACUGGAUUCGUGCUGGUGGUCACAAGGUUGGGCGACUCAUUUGUUCGAAGCAAUUUAUCGCUCUCUGGGCACGAGUUGGAGACCGCUACUGCGAUGGCCGAUGCAGAUGGUUGGCCACUUAACUUAUCCUAAGCGAGUUAGGCGUCACGAACAAAGGACUACAUUACCGACCUAUUACGGCUGUACUGUAACUGGAUACUUUCAGGCUCUGGGGCUCACACGUAGCUUAGGCAGAGGCAAGCUUCCGACGCCCUUUGAGUUACAUUGUAUGGAAUCUAAUCGAAACUCCAGGCUCAAGUACUAG